CUUUUUUGUGAUUUUUAGAUACUUUGAGCGAUCCAUAGUAUCUUUUUAUACUUUUUAAUUAGAAGUCUUGAUUUUUAUUGUUAAUUUAACUCAUUUAUAUCUUCAUCAAUCUUUACCUUUACAUCAUGAAUAUUAGUUCCAAGCAAAAGAUAUGCAGCUAAAAAUAGGAGGUUCUAACAAACCCUCAUUACCCAACUUCACUCAAACAUAUCAUUUUUCAAACUUCCAAAAAGCAUUCGCCUCUAUUCCUUCCAAUAUCCCUUAUAAACUCAUUUCCAACCUUCUAAACCACCUCUAAGCCUCUAAAUUCCCCUAUUUACGGCCCAAAAUUCUCUAAAAUCCCAAGACAUUUAAACUUCCCCAAAACUUCUUUUCUCAAAUCCACACCCUUCUUCCUACAAAUAUCUCUCAAAUCCUUAACCAUAAUUUACUUACAGAUGUGGGGUAAUCCAACCGGACGUAUUUCCUUAACAAUGGACGAAUACCUUCUAGAGCAGUACCCAGGAGGCAUGAUCCAACAUUUAGACAGCAUCUUUGCACACGACCAGAACCAAGAGGUUAUGCCAGAAGUUAAUGAACUUGCAAGAGAACUCUCCCAAGAGCACAGAGACCUUGUCCCAGAACAUAGAGAACAUAUGGCUCUUGACCAUGAUUUUGAUAUGAACAUCCUAGAGAGUGUAAUUGAUGAAGUAGAAGCUGAAGAAAAAGCAGAUAAAGAUAGGGAUCCAGCAGAGGUCGUUGGAACUGAAGUUAUACCAAGAGAAGAGAAUAAAGAAGAACAGAUAUAUCAAAGUUUUGAAGUAAAAAAAAUUGAAGUGCAACAAAGAUAUAAAGAAGUCACUCAGAAUUGGAUUAUUGAGCCUCACAGACUUGAUCUUACUGAUGACAAUAUCAAGGAGAUGACAGAAACUUUUGAUAAAGCUUGCUACCAACAAGAACAAGGUACUGAGUUCAUCUCUCUUCUACAUUCUGUGCUUACAGGAACACCAAACUUUUCUAGUGAUAAGAUAUGCAAACUGACUCUGAAGCUUCAUGAGAGUUGUAUCAAGAAACAAUUAGGAACUGACAGAGACAAAAUGGCUUCAACACAUCUUGAAGAAUUGAUUUCAUUCCCUUCAAAAGAAAGCUUUGCUAAGCUUGAAGGCUACCUUUACUCUGCCAAAGAAGAAGUCAAAAUUUGAGUCUAUUGGUUUUCGAGUCCAAGACUUUGGGGUGUCAUUAAAACUCUCCUAUACAAAGGCAUCACUGUCAAACUGGUCACUGACCAUGACUCAGGUGACAACUUUAAGAAGGAAGGAUUUACCCAAGAAGAACUGCAAGAGAUCGCACCCAAAUUCACCCACAAGAAGCUACCGAUACCUAGAGGGAUCCGGAUGCACCACAAGUUUGUUAUUAUAGACAAUAACAUAGUGUUAAACGGGAGUUUCAACUGGACGAAUAUGGCUGAGACUAGAAACUUCGAAAAUAUUGUUGCUCACACUUCCAAACAUUUGAUCAAAGAGUUCACUAUUGAGUUCAAUAAAAUCUGGAAUGGAGGAGUUGAGUAUCCAAAUGAAUUUAAUUAUGCGAAGCCAUAA